AUGGGGAGAUCACCAUGUUGUGAGAAAGAUGGGUUAAACAGGGGAGCAUGGUCUGCUCUCGAAGACAAAAUCCUUGCUGACUACAUUCAUAAAAAUGGCCCUGGAAAAUGGAGAGAUCUUCCUAAAAGAGCUGGAUUGAAGAGAUGUGGGAAGAGUUGCAGGCUUAGGUGGUUAAAUUAUUUGAGGCCAGAUAUCACCAGAGGCAACAUUUCCACUGAUGAAGAUGAUCUCAUUGUGCGACUGCAUAGGCUCUUGGGUAACAGGUGGGCUUUGAUUGCGGGAAGAUUACCAGGACGAACAGACAAUGAAAUUAAGAAUUACUGGAACACUAAUUUGAGGAAGAGGGUGAACAACAUUAAUAAUAUCAAUAUUAAUAUUAAUGUGAAAGGAACAUCUUUAGAAGAGCUUAUGAAAACCUCCAACGAAAGAUCAUCACCGAUUGAUCCUCAUCAUCAUCAUGAUCAGUAUGAUCAAUAUGAUCAUGAUUCUGUGAAUGGCCACGUCAUCCGUACAAAAGCAGUUCGUUGCUCCAAGGUUGUUACGGACCCUUCUUAUUAUCCUACUUCCAGUUCCAGUAGUUGGUUACUACUUAAUCAUCAUCACCAUAAUGAUCAUCAGGAGCAAAUCAUAGUUGGUCAAACUAUUCCUUCAUGGGAAAUUAGUGAUCAUUUUACCAAAAGUAAUAAUAAUUAUAACCUUACUGCUUCUUCUGACAUAAACAACGUUAUUAACUAUAAGACUUCCGAGUUUUCGAUGGAUUUUGAUUUGGACGAGAUUUUCAUGUCGGAUGAUGUAGCUGUUUUAAACCCAAACGACGUCGUAGCCGCGGACUUUAACGACCACUUAGCCAAAAAUGAAACGACGUCGUUGACUGGUGGCCAAAUAAGUCAUGAACCUGUUGACCAAAAUAUCGCUAGUUAUAACUACUUUUUUGAUGAUGAUGAUGAUCAUGAUCGUGAUCACUUGCCACUAACUGACAUUUUCAAUCAAGCCAAUAUUCAAGGUUUGGAUGAUAUUAUUAAUGAAAUUUCAUGUUAUGUGAAUUCAAGUACUGGGGGUGGGAAUUGAGCAAUACCAAUUUUUAUUAAUGAUAGAUUGCACUAGUGUGAUGAUGAGCUCAAUUUUUAGUGAUGAGGUCGUUGUAUUAAUUAUUUUAUAUAGUCAAUUAUUUAUUGGGUGGUGGUGUUCUUCUAUGCUGUUAUUGUGUGUAUGGGUGUGUGUAUGUUUUUAAUGAAAGCGGGGUUAAUAUAUUAUAAUUGAAAUCAAUGUAAGGGAAAUGCAAGUAUUGUAUAUGCAUGCUUUUUACGUAUAAUACCCGUCGUACGUAUGUACGUGUGUGCAUGAAGUAAUGUAAUUAACUACGUAAUUUUAUAAAAAGUAAUGGGAGCGUCGGAAUUAAAAUCCUUAAUAAAAAGUAAUAUCUGCUACUGUGUUAAACCAAUUUAAGAUUAAAAUAUUUAGAUAUAAAAA